AUGACCCACAGGUGCAUCCUCCAAAUUGCUCUCCUGUUGUGUUUCUCCACAACAGCUCUUUCCACGAGCUACAGAUUGCUUCGAUUCCAACAAAGGAGCAGCAAUUUGGCAUGUCAGAAACUCCUGUGGCAGUUACCUGGAAUGCCUCAACAUUGCCUCGAGGACAGGAUGGACUUCGAGGUCCCUGAGGAGAUUAAGCAACCACAGCAGUUCCGGAAGGAAGAUGCCGUAUUGGUCAUCUAUGAGAUGCUCCAGCAGAUCUUUGGUAUUCUCAGAAGAAAUUUCUCUAGCACCGGCUGGACUGAGACCAUCACUGAGAAACUCCUUGUGGAAGUCUAUGGGCAGAUGGAUCGUCUGGAGACAGUCCUGGAGGAAAUAAUGGAGAAGGAAAACUUCACCGGGGUACACAUGACCAUUCUUCACCUGAAGAAAUAUUACUUGCAGAUUGUGCAGUACCUGAAGUCCAAGGAGUACAGCAACUGUUCCUGGACAGUAGUGCGAGUGGAAAUCCUCAGGAACUUUUCCUUCCUUAACCGCCUUACAGAUUACCUCCUUAAUUGA